AUGCCGUCACUCAUUUCGUGCCUUGUGGCAGGCCUCGCCGUCGUCGACCGCGCGGCGGCCGCAAAGUAUUCGCUGUCCCAAACCUACGACUCGUCCAACUUUCUCACCGAGUUUCACUUUCGGGAGAGGGGUACAAUUCCGGAUCGGCCAGAUGACAAUUGGUCUUGGGUCAAGUACCAGAAUGUAGAGGACGCCCAGAAGAAGGGACUUGUUUCUGUCAAGGACAACAAAGUAUAUCUGGGCGUGGACUUUGAGACCAAAUUGGAGAAUAACGAUAACGGGCGAGACACGCUACGCGUCCAAUCCAAAUGGUCGUUUAGGGAAGGCUUGGUCAUCACCAGAUUUUACCACAUGCCCAAGACCGUCUGCGGUGCCUGGCCAGCCUACUGGACACUAGGAGAGGAUUGGCCUAACAACGGCGAGAUUGACAUGUACGAGGGCUGGAAUCUCAACACUGUGAACAAGCCGGCACUCCACGUUGGGACUAAAGCCAGGGUCGGCCAAUGCCUCCUGGACAGCUCUGCGCAGGCUGAAAUUGUCUCGGCAAACUGCGACAAUAAGUUCGAAGAUGGCGUGCGCGCUUGGGCGGGCCAGGGAUGCCAGGUUGAAGAGGUCAAUGACGGCAUUUGGGCUUCUGAGCACGGUGGUAUUCAGGCUCUCGAAUGGACAAAGGACGCGAUCAAGCUGUACACCUGGCAGAUCGGCAAGGCGCCCAAGAACAUUGAUUCCGAUGCCCCCGAUACUUCUUCUUGGGGUAAGCCGUCGGUGCAGGUCUCAAGCUCCGGCUGCGAUUUAUCAAGGGCUUUCGGAAACCAGACAAUCCUCUUCACGCUCCCCUUCUGCGGCGACCCUGUUGGCAAGAAGCAGUUCUGGUCGGAGCUGCGUGCCGACAGCAAAGGGCAAGUCAACGGCAAGAUUGAAGAUACGUGCGAGAUAAUCACUGGCGCGAAGACCUGCGUUCAGUACGUUGCCGAGAACCCGGCAGCAUUCAAGGACUUUUACUUUGGCAUCAAUGAUGUCCGCUACUUUGUCCAGGACGCCGAAGACAGCGACGACGGCAACAAGGAUACCAAGGGCCAACUUUCGCUCGACAGCAGCAGCAGCUCGGCCCUCACCUUCAAGUACGCCACCAGCCAGUCGUCCAGCGACAACUGGAUCGGCAUCUGGCCCGAGGACGACACGCAAGCGCCGACAUGGGGCAGCACCACCUGGGACUACGCCAAGGAAAGCUCAGGCAUCUCAACGCUCGCACCCCCGAGCUCCAUGAAGGCCGGCAAGUACAAGGCCUAUCUCCUCUCCAGCGACCGCGAGAUUCUCGCCUUUCUCUCCACCUUUGACUACAAGCCAGAGUCGUCCUCCUCAAACGACAACAGCGACAGCAGCAGCAGCAGCGUGGCCUUUAGCGUCAAGGCGCGCUACAAUAUAAACUGCGGCGGCAGCGUCACCAACAACGUCGACAUCCAGCCCGGCAGCAACGGCGUCUGCGUCCGCACAAACUGCAACGUGGGCAGCCUCGAGAUCCCCAGCGCCGGCAGCUGCCCCGACGGGCAGGUCCGCAUCAGCUUCUGGCAAAACGCCGACUGCGACGGCGACUGGUACGGCUACGGCUACGCAAGCAGAGGCACCUGCCGCGGCCUGUGGACCAACGGCUGGGGCUUCAAGUCGCUGUGGCUCUCGUGCGCCGAUCCCGCCAGCGACUGCAUCCAGCAGGGCACCUGCACCGCCGCCCCGGAGCCGGAGUCGGCCAACCAAAUCUGCCGUGCCUAA